AUGCCCUCAGGUUUGAAUGGGUCACAGUAUGACAUUCUAGGGAAACCCCCCUCCGCUCUUGAGUUUGCUCGGUUGGUCCAAAUUUCACGACCCGUCCUGAUCAAAGGGCACAAGGUACAAGCACAGGAAGUAUGGUCUAACGACUACCUCAUUGAGCGCAUGGGGGACCAGAAGAUCUCUGUUGCAAUCACCCCGGAUGGUCGCGCCGACGCCAUCACGGCUGGACCAGGCGGGAAAGAAUACUUUACUGAGCCUUAUGUUCAGCAAAUGACCAUGGCCGAGUUCUUGGAUAAACUUACCUCUGACGACCAGAAUGAAGUGCUCUACAUGCAAACGCAAAAUGGCAACCUGUACCCAGCAGGCUACUUUGAGCCUGGAUCAGUCGACGGUUCCUCAGAAUGCGAGAGUCUCAGGGAAGAUGCUCCGAGCGAGAUACCCUGGUGCAGCGAGGCACUUGGGAGAUCUCCAGAAGCCGUCAAUGUUUGGAUAGGCGAUAGUAGAAGUACCACCAGCAUCCACAGCGAUCCAUUCGAGAAUAUAUACACUGUAGUCCGAGGGACCAAACAUUUCACGCUGCUUCCUCCAACAGAAGCUUGGUGUCUCAAAGAGCGCUCAUACCCUCACGCUACAUACACCCGCGAUUCACCCACCUCCCCGCUCAAACUCGCCCCUACGGACUACCCACCCGUCAGCUGGUCCUCCAUCAAGGACCCCGACGACCCCUCCACCUUGUCCUCCAACGCGCACCCCAUCCAUAUCACUCUGCAAGCCGGAGAUACCCUAUAUCUCCCCGUGGGCUGGUGGCACUACGUGCGUCAGUCCGGCGACAUCACUAUCGCGUUGAACUGGUGGUAUGAUUUGCAAAUGCGAGGUGCCCAGUGGGUAUGGCUCAGCUUCCUCAGAGGAAUGGGUAGAGAUGCAAUGAUGGGUAAUCCUCCCCACGUUCAAGGUACAGAGGGGGCAGGGGAUGUAUAUGGCUCUUCAAGCCAGUAA